AAUUGAGGCUUUGACUCCAAGUCUUGACUGGUCCUGAAAGCUGUGACCUCAACAGAAGCCAGCUACAGAUGGGCCACAAGCGCUCGAGGAUCUCUAAGGAAGAAACCCAGGCUUUCCUGUAGUGACAGUUACCAACUGGUCGGUUCUCCGGUGGGGGCGGGGCGAGGGAACUAAGGGAAGCGUCCUGAGUCACCAUGGAGACUGGGCACAGAAGCAGUCCUAGCUGCGAAAAGGAGUCCCACGAAAUCUGCUCCCCUGGAUUACUGGUGUUCACAGGGUGCUCCGAGCAAGAUGCCAACUUGGCUAAGCAAUUUUGGCUCGGGGCGUCCAUGUAUCCCCCUACGGAAUCUCAGCUGGUGCUGACCAGAGACAGCAGUCAGCGGCUACCGGUGGCGAGGCAUUCUAAAGCCCUUGUGAGGGAGAAAAAUCCUGUCUUGCCCUUCCCCUUUGAUCAUAACAAGGAGGUGAAUGUCUUUGCUAAAGUCCAGAAGAUUCAGGAAUCUGAAGAGAAAGCAAUGUAUCUCCAAAAGGCCAAAAAGAGAGAUGAGAUCCUCCAACUCUUAAGAAAACAAAGAGAAGAGAGAAUUUCGAAAGAAUCAAUUUCAUUACCUUAUAAAGCCAAAGCCAAAGUACCUGAAGCAAAGGAAGUCUCAUCAGAGUCAGACAAACAGGAAGAAGAAGAAGUCAAAGCCUUGGGAUGAUCUGAUUGACAUAUGGUAGCAGGUGACUGACAUGUAUUCACCUUUGAAGCAAAUUAUGCUAACAUCAGAAUCACUAGGUAAAAGAUAUGCAGAUUCCAGAAAUUUGACAACUACUAGCAUUCAUGUUAAAAUAGACUAAAAUAAAAGUUAAGAAUACAGA